CCAGGCCAGCCCCAGGUGCGAGCAGCCCCGCAGCCCCCCAGCUCCUGCACCCACCUGCUGCAGAACGGCGCCAGGCGGGGGCCGGAUCCAGGCGGUGCCAACGGGGAGGCAGGAAACGGGGUCUUCCGCACCCUCCCCAGCACCCAGAAGCCUCACCGAAAGCUGCAGUCACACCACUCCAUCAACAGCCAGAGCAGCAAGAAGAGCAAGGGCAGCUCCAAGUCAGCCUCUUCCCUCUGCCCACUCUCUGGCCGUUCCUCCGCAGACUGCUGCGUCCACUGCAUCCUCUCCUGCCUCUUCUGUGAGUUCCUGACCCUCUGCAACAUCGUGCUGGACUGUGCCACCUGCGGUUCCUGCACCUCCGAGGACUCCUGCAUCUGCUGCUGCUGCUGCAAUUCGGGCGAGUGCGCGGACUGCGACCUGCCCUGCGACAUGGACUGCGGCAUCAUCGACGCCUGCUGCGAGUCG